CUCUUAUUUAUCAAUCCCCUGCAAACCAGCCCAACCCUCCAACCCCACCAUUUCCACCGCCCUCCUCCCCUGCACAUCUCACUCCUCCCCACUGAAUCCUUCCCACUGCAGGGAGCUGCUGAGGAGCCACAUGGUCCAUUCCUGGAUUCUCCAAGCACUGGCUGCCCAUCCACUCUGACCACAGCCAGGGCCACAUCCCACUGCCUGCCCAGCGUCCAUCCAUGGAGGUGAGCACUUUGUCCCCUCUUUUCAUCUCACCAACGGACACACCUGCUCAGUGUGAGAUCAAUGUCUCCAACACGGCCAUAGACUUUGUGAUGCUGCUCGUUGGCCUCUGUGGGCUGGCUGGGAAUGGACUUAUUCUCUGGCUCCUGCACGUUAAUGCCAUCACCCACUUCAUCUCCAAACAGGCCAUCAUCGACUUCCUCUUCCUCAUCUUCAUGUUGCCCUCCACCCUGCUCUUCCUUGUGGAGGAGGUUUCCUGCUCUGCUAUAAUGCCCCUGAUGUAUUUGAGCUUGCUUUUCCAGCUGUCGCUGUUCACCUACAUUAUAGGGCUGUACCGGCUGAUGUUCAUCAGCAUUCAGAGAUGCAGAUCCAUCCUCUGCCUGGUAUUCUGUGGUUGCCAACUGUCCGAACACUUGUUGUGGGUGUUGAUGACUGCCCUGUUCUGGGUCCUCCUCUUCGUUUUCAUCGCUGUCAAUCCUACUGUGACUUCCCUGUGCCAGUCACACGAGCAGGAGCAAUGCCAGAUGGCUCUCACCUCCAUGUACGCCCUCAACCUCUUCCUCUUUGCUGUACCCAUGGUCAUUUCCAGCACAAUCCUCUUCACUCAUCUCAAGCCUAGCUCCCAGCAGCAGUCACACAAGAGGCUUGACGUUGUUAUCUUCCUCAUUGCAUUCUUCAGUCUGCCCUUCAGUCUCUGGUCUCUCCUGCAGCAGCUUGGUUACACCGUUGUGCCCUCCCAGGUGGUUUUCCUACUUGCCUGCAUCAAUAGCAGCAUCAAACCCUUCAUCUGCUUCUUGGUGGGGAGCUGGAAGAGAGACUGCUCCAUGGGGAGCUACUGCAGACACUGCUCCCUGGAGACCUGCAGGAAGCACUCCUCCAUCCAAUCCCUAAGGGAGGCGAUCCACAGGGUGUUUGAGGAGCCAAAAGAAAACACUGCCUCUGGAAAUGAUCCCUCUGUGGACACAGGGUUCUGAGCCUCUUGAUCCCUUCCACUGCACUGCUGAAGUACCCCGGGACAGUGGCUGAGAGGUGCCUUGAAUCUCCUGAUCAGUAAAUAGCCACAGGAUCACCCUCCCUGUGCUGCUGCAUCCCCAGCCCCUUUCCAGGCUGCUCUGGGCUCUGAUCCGUGCUUGGGAGGCCUCAGCCUUGAGGAGCAGCCCCUGGGUUCAGCUCCUGUGGCGCUGAUCAGAAACACCCUCUGCUCCCAGCAACUGCUGCUCUCCAACCACCUCCUGGGCUUUCAUCAACAGCCUUGGAAAUUAUUGUACUGCCGUGGAUGCCACAGCAUCCCUACUCGGCCACUAUCCCAGGAAGCUGCCGGCCCCAAGUGUGGCCAGGCUGAGCCAUUGCUGUGAGUGCCACCCAUGCCUUGGGGCCCUGUGAGCAGUGGCCCCAAAGGAGAGCCUUGGAGCUCUGCUGGGCCCAGCAGCGCUGAGCAGAAGCUCCCUGGUACUGGGGCCUCUCCCAGCUGGGAUCUCUCCCGGCUGCUGCCCUGGGCAGAUCCCCCAACGCCCACGGCUCCUGGGCCCAUCCCCCCAGGGCUGCAGGCCCAGCCCUGGGCCCAGGGAGGAGAUGCAAAGGGAUCCGCAGGGAGCAUUUCACUGCCUGCCAGGGCAAUUGCUCACAGGCACCUUGCACUCACUCUGCCUGGCUGGCUGGCUGUGUGCACACACGUCUGCAUCUGCUCUGGCAAAUGUGGCAGAAAUGCUGCUCUCUCAGCUGUGUUAGUACCUGAGACAUCUGACUGGGGCAGGCCUGGAAGCAAGCUUAAGGCAUGAGAUGCCAUUCCAGCUAAAUGCUGUUCAUGUCCUUUCUUUGCUAAAUUGUUUAUUUUCAUGUACAAAAGCAGGAAUGGCUGGGGGAAGCACAGACACUGCUCAUGGUCCUGGGUGGAGCAGGGCAGGAGCAGGGCUCUCAUAGGGGAAAAGAUGGAGCCAGGGAGGGCCUGGAAGUUCUCAGAGGUGUCAGGAAGAGUUCAGGAAGGCUCUGGGUGCCGGCAAUCCCAAAUCUCCCCACUGGAGGAGUGCAGAGCUUGCCGGCAGCACUUGCAGUGGAGGAAUGGCUUCGUCUUGGAAAGCUGUGGGAUGUGAUAGGAUGGGGUGAUGAUGGAGAUGGGAUUGGAAUAGGAUAGGAAACCGCUCAGCUGUGCUUCCUUUGGCCCUAAGAAUGUUUUUGCAAUGAUCAUGGAGCUGUUCCCAGAAUGGGAGUUGUUUCUGACAAGCAGACAGAUACUUCAGCAGCACUGCCAGCAGCAUUCCAGUGCCACCAGCGUCACCAUCAUCUCUCUGCUGCUGGAGGGACAAUGACCUCUCAGGGAAGAGAAAUGAGGAAUGGUAGAAACCUUUCAGGUAAGGGAAUGCAGUUGAAGAAUGGGACACUCUCCUGGGAAGGACUGUUUCUAAUUAGGGGAAAAUGAGGACAUAUUUACAAAUGUUAUAAACAGGUGCUAUGGUGAUUCACUCUCAGAAAUGUUGAAUGAAUAUUACGUGUGUUAUAAUGUUCAAAGAAGCUCUGUUAAAAUUUGGAGUUUUUCCAACGUGAGUACUGCGUUCAUGUUGAGAGUUGUCAUGCUGAUCUCUGACCAUUGUGGGGAGCCGAAUCCCGAAGCGCUGCACAAGCUCGGGGAAGGCGGGACGGAGGAGGAGCUGUGCUGGAAAAGCGGAAUGUGUCUGAAUGCCAGGGUUGGAUUACCAUGGGGUUGGCUUACCAAGAGGGUACAAAGCCUGUUUCUGUUUUGGGCAGUGUACCUCUGAACCUUAUUUUGU